ACUUAAAAUAUUGUUCCUGUAAGCACACCUUUCACGUGUAUUGAAUCACAUGUAUUCGGUUAAAUAUCGAUAAAUCAUUUAAGACUUGGUCUGACCAGUAUUCAUUUACGAGUCAUCUUGAUCGUACGAGAAUGUGGCAAGCCGGGAUCUUGAUCCUUUAUCUUAUUCAUCAUGCACAUACAGCAAAUGAUCCACGUUGUCCAGCAUUGAACCGAAGUGUGAGAUGUAAGAGUUACCUAAAGGUUGAUCGAUGUCAGACAGAUACCAACUGUCAAGGUGGCAAAGUUUGUUGUCCACAAAAAUGCGGAAAAGAAUGUGUCAUCCCAAUCAAACCUAAGCCAAAGUUAGGUAUAUGUCCCCCUGUAGUCGACAAACCUGCGAGUUUUUGUAUGUUAGCCAGGGUUGCUUCUUCUUGUUCUGGCAAUGACGCUGAUUGUAAAGGUAGUAAGAAAUGCUGUCCCAGUUUUUGUGGAUGUCAGAAGUGUUUAGAACCGAUAUCGGGUCCGCGACCAGGCUGUCCGGUUAUGCAUGAACUGGAACCACAAUGUGUUCAUUUCAACCAGCAAUGUAGUCAUGACAGAGAAUGUUCUAAAGGUCAGCUGUGUUGCUUCAAUCCUUCCUGUGGGACAUCGUGUAGAGAAAAAGAAGAGCCUAUAACCAAGCCAGGAGAAUGUCCACCUAACCCACCUGGUAUUGUCUGUGCGUUAUUUGUUAGACCAGGAGAUUGUACUAAUGAUGGAAGCUGUCCUGGUAAUCAAAAGUGUUGUCUACAGGGAUGUUCCAGAAGUUGUGUUGAUCCAGAACCUAGAUGUGGACCUGUUUGUGCUAUAUCCUGUCCCUUUGGAAAUGUUCUUGAUGAAAACAACUGCCAAACUUGUAGAUGCAAAACAGGAUGCAAGGGGAAUGUUAGUCCAUUAGGAUCAAUCAGCUGUGGUUCAGGUCAACAAAGAUGUCCCGCUCGAUAUCAAUGCAACACACCUUCAGCAGGCGGCAGUGGAGUUUGUUGUCCUUAUGAAUGUCCUCUUGUAAGGUGCAGCGAACCAUGUCCUCAUGGUUGCGUGAUUGACGUUAAUGGCUGUCAAACAUGUGAAUGUAAACCUAAAUGUGGACCUGUUUGUGCUAUAUCCUGUCCCUUUGGAAAUGUUCUUGAUGAAAACAACUGUCCAACUUGUAGAUGCAAAACAGGAUGCAAGGGGAAUGUUAGUCCAUUAGGAUCAAUCAGCUGUGGUUCAGGUCAACAAAGAUGUCCCGCUCGAUAUCAAUGCAACACACCUUCAGCAGGCGGCAGUGGAGUUUGUUGUCCUUAUGAAUGUCCUCUUGUAAGGUGCAGCGAACCAUGUCCUUACGGUUACGUGAUUGACGUCAAUGGCUGUCAAACAUGUGAAUGUAAACCUAGAUGUGGACCUGUUUGUGCUAUAUCCUGUCCCUUUGGAAAUGUUCUUGAUGAACACAACUGUCCAACUUGUAGAUGCAAAACAGGAUGCAAGGGGAAUGUUAAACCAUUAGGGUUAAUCAGCUGUGGUUCAGGUCAACAAAGAUGUCCCGCUCGAUAUCAAUGCAACACUCCUUCAGCAGGCGGCAGUGGAGUAUGUUGUCCUUAUGAAUGUCCUCUUGUAAGGUGCAGCGAACCAUGUCUUUACGGUAACGUGAUUGACGUUAAUGGCUGUCAAACAUGUGAAUGUAAAACUAGAUGUGGACCUGUUUGUGCUAUAUCCUGUCCCUUUGGAAAUGUUCUUGAUGAAAACAACUGUCCAACAUGUAGAUGCAAAACAGGAUGCAAGGGGAAUGUUAGUCCAUUAGGAUCAGUCAGCUGUGGUUCAGGUCAACAAAGAUGUCCCGAUCGAUAUCAAUGCAACACACCUUCAGCAGGCGGCAGUGGAGUUUGUUGUCCUUAUGAAUGUCCUCUUGUACGGUGCAGCGAACCAUGUCCGUACGGUUACGUGAUUGACGUUAAUGGCUGUCAAACAUGUGAAUGUAAACCAAGAUGCCCACCUGUUUGUUUAGUAUUUUGUCCCUUUGGAAAUGUAUAUGAUGAAAACAACUGUGCAACUUGUACAUGCAAAACAGGAUGUUCAGGUAAUGUUAAACCAUUGCCAUCAAUUAACUGUGGUAAAAGCGGACAAAGAUGUCCCGCUCGAUAUCAAUGCAACACACCUUCAACAGAUGGUGAUGGAGUAUGCUGUCCUUAUGAGCAUACAACCAAGCCAGGAGAAUGUCCACCUAACACACCUGGUGUUAUCUGUCCGUUAUUUGUUAGACCAGGAGAUUGUACUAAUGAUGGAAGUUGUCCUGGUAAACAAAAGUGUUGUCAACAGGGAUGUUCCAGAAGUUGUGUUGAUCCAGGACCUAGAUGUGGACCUGUUUGUGCUAUAUCCUGUCCCUUUGGAAACGUUCUAAAUGAAAACAACUGUCCAAUUUGUAGAUGCAAAACAGGAUGUACAGGUAAUGUCAAACCAUUAUCAAUCAGUUGUGGUGACGGUCAACGAAGAUGUCCUGGUAAAUACCAAUGCAACACACCUCCAGUAGGCGGCAGUGGAGUAUGCUGUCCUUAUGAGCCUACAACCAAGCCAGGAGAAUGUCCACCUAACACACCUGGUGUUAUCUGUCCGUUAUUUGUUAGACCAGGAGAUUGUACUAAUGAUGGAAGUUGUCCUGGUAAUCAAAAGUGUUGUCAACAGGGAUGUUCCAGAAGUUGUGUUGAUCCAGGACCUAGAUGUGGACCUGUUUGUGCUAUAUACUGUCCCUUUGGAAACGUUCUAGAUGAAAACAACUGUCCAAUUUGUAGAUGCAAAACAGGAUGUACAGGUAAUGUCAAACCAUUAUCAAUCAGUUGUGGUGACGGUCAACGAAGAUGUCCUGGUAAAUAUCAAUGCAACACACCUCCAGCAGGCGGCAGUGGAGUAUGCUGUCCUUAUGAAUGUCCUCUUGUAAGAUGCAGCGAACCAUGUCCUUACGGUUACUUUUUUGACCCAAAUGGCUGUCAAACAUGUGAAUGUAAACCUAGAUGUGGACCUGUUUGUGCUAUAUCCUGUCCCUUUGGUAAUGUACUGGAUGAAAACAACUGUCCAACGUGUGCAUGCAAAACAGGUUGUGCAGGUAAUGUUAAACCAAAACCAUCAACCAGCUGUGGUGCAGGUCAACGAAGAUGUCCCCCUCAAUACCAAUGUAACACACCUCCAGCAGGCGGCAGUGGAGUAUGCUGUCCUUAUGUAUGUCCUCAAAUAAAAUGCAGCCGACCAUGUCCAUACGGUUAUAAACAUGACGUCAAUGGAUGUCAGACAUGUCAAUGUCUACCUGCAUGUGAAAAAGGAACGCCUCAAGGCACAUGUAGACAUGGACCAUUUGACAGUAAACCGUGCCCAUUGGGAACCUACUGUACAAAUUCAGUCUGCUGUAAAAUCCCCUGUAAAUUUGGCGAUCCUCAUCCAACACUUUCCUGUGGAAUGGUUGUCGGCUCCAACGAGUGUCCAGCUGGAUACAGUUGCCUAGGCGGACCUGCUGAUGAAUACUUUGCUUGCUGUCCUGACGAAAAUAAGCCAACACCAGACAAAUGUCCAAGAGACAGAUACCCAAAGUCAAGGUGUUAUGUCCGACGAAGCUGUAAAAAUGAUUCAUCUUGUCGUGGGAAGAAAAAAUGUUGCAAACAAGGAUGUCGAUAUAAAUGUGUAAAUCCUGUUUACUGAACAGUUCUACUGAAAUAAACACUAUAUAAGUGUGCUGUUAAUUUAUAAACUUAGUUAAAUAAAGUUAAUUUAAACUUCUUA